UCCGCCGCUGCGCUCCUCCGCCCAUCUCUCCGCCGCUGCUCUCCACCGUCUGCCCAUCGAUUUCUCCGCCGUUGCUCUCCGCCGUCCGCCGCUGCUCUCCGCCGUCAAUAGCUAGCCCUAAUUUGCUCCUCUCUACCUAGCUCUCGAUCAACAACCACGAAAAGGAAAAUGUCAAGACAAAACAUCCUCUGUUGCUCUACGAGUCAAAGUUGUACAAACUACUCCAAGGAGGAAAAUUCCAAAUGUCAGAUGGUUUGGGGUUGAAGGAGACUAUAAUGUUCUCGUGAUGGAUUUAUUGGGACCUAGUCUGGAAGACCUGUUUAACUUCUAUAGUCGGAAGCUGUCUCUAAAGACUUUUCUCAUGCUUGCGGAUCAAAUGAUCAAUCGGAUAGAAUUUAUUCACUCUAAAUCUUUCCUGCAUCGAUAUAUUAAGCCCGACAUUUUUCUCAUGGGUUUAGGGAAGCGUGCAAAUCAGGUUUAUGCCAUUGAUUUUGGACUUGCCAAGAAAUAUAGAGACUCCUCAACUCAUCAACAUAUCCCAUAUAGAGAAAAUAAAAAUUUGACUGGAACAGCCAGAUAUGCAAGCAUGGACACGCAUCUCGGCAUUGGCUGAUUUGGAACGAGUGUACGAUGAGACAAUGCGUGAUGGAAGUGACGAAAGCACGACCAACUCAACUGCGAUAGAAAAAGUGCUUGAAAAAAGCAAAGGGCUUGGAAUUAAGAUUGCAACCACCACAAAGAGUUCAAAGUCGAGAUUUUCUUCAAUUCCGCCGGAAGUGCAAAUGGAAAUGAAUUCAAUGAAAGAGCAAAUGCAACUUAAAGAUGAAAAAAUGGAAAGAUUGGAAGCGGAAUUGAAAGAAACCCGAGAAAUUGUGAACACCUUGGUCGGCCGUUUUGGUUUUUGAACUUUGUUUGGUUUUUGAAUUAAAGUUUGAAACACUACAUUAUAUGCUUUUAAGUUUUUAUGUACUUUUUUAAUUUAUGUUUUGUGCUACUUUGAUAUUUAAUCCGUAUAAUUGGUUUUAAUAAUUUUUUUUUGAUUGAAGGUUUUAA